AUGACCUACUCACUGGUAUUCAUCAUUGCCGCCCUGGGCCUCCUCUCAUCGGCUCUUGCCAUCACCAUCACGGCUCCAUCAUCGGGUGCCGUUUGGGAUUUUUCCACGGCCAAAACUAUCAAGUUCACUUCCAAUUCUACUGAUCCUUCAUACAUCAGUAUCAUACUUCGAAAUGAGGAUGGCUCCUUCCAAACAAAGCUUGCAGAUAACGUCAAGACCUCCACCGGCGAAUAUACGACCCAACCUGACCCUAGCAUUCCAAACGGAGAUGACUACGAGAUUCAGAUAAUCGAUUCUGCUGGCCAGCUCGCCCUAAGUGAUGUGUUCACUGUUGAAACGGGGGCUUCAGAUAGCGGUACUACAUCCUCGUCUUCUUCUGCGACAUCCAGUGCGACGAGUUCUACAACCGUCUCUUCCACACUUACAUCUUUUACCUCCACAUUUACAUCUGUCACAUCCACACUUACAUCUGCCACCUCUACACUUACAUCCCUGGCAUCUUCGACGCCUACGUCGUCGACAAGUCCUUUGUCCUCAUCAGGCAUGAUACAACUCCGCACAAUGUGA